AUGAAAUUAUCCACACGUCAUCAUAUACUGGCAGUAUGCAUGCUGUUUUCACUCUGUGUAGUGAUCUUCAUGUCUAUUGCACUAGCAGGUUCCUCUGCAGACUACAAACCAAUCACAAAUGUAUAUGUCGGUAAGGCCAAGAUCUCCGAAAUGAACAUCACCAAGGUCAUCCCAGCAUUGGACCCCAUCUUGGGUUCUCUAUCCGGUGCUUUCAAUGCUCCAAACGCCACUGUUGCUUCCGUAUUUGACGUGGUGGAAAAAUUCGUAAAUACCACUGCUUUCAAACCUCUAUUGACUCUGUUGGCCACUUCCAGUAACGGUACUGCUUCUGUCGGUGCUCUUGUCAGUCUAGCUCCAAUGUUGAUGGCCGGAACCUCCAAAGACGCCACCGUCAUGGAAUUGAAUGGAUUAACUUCUCUUUUCAACACUUCUACCAAUGUGAAUCAAACCAUCUCCGGUAUGAAUGAUAUGAUCUCCACCGUCAACUUAUCUGACACCUCCUUGUUGGAACAAAGUGCCAUGGUCAUGAAAAUGUUGGCUGAUUCCUCCAAUCCAAAGGAAACCACCGAAAGUUUGAUCGGUUUAAACAGUUUGACUUUCCCUCAAAAGGCUUCCAUGUUGCCCGUUUUCAGAUUAUUCCAAAACUCUAAUGACACUUCUACCACUUUGAAAUCAUUAAGCACUUUUAUGAACACCACAGUCCCAACUUCUAUGGCAAACAAUCUUUUCGAACAAUUGCAAACUGAAACUGAUGCUACUAAAUUGGCUCAAACCAUUGGCAAUUUCGGCACUUUGGCCCCCACCAUGAAACCGGUUCUAGAAGCCCUGGAAAACAUCAUCAAGACCUCCUUGAAUGCCACUUUAUCUUUGGAAACCAUGCAACAGAUGUUGGCUGCUAACUUGACCACUGCGGAUUAUGCAAAGACUUCAUUCUCAUCUUUAUCCAAAUUGAUCCAAGAUUCUUCAAAUGCCUCAUCCACUUUACAAUCAGUACAAGUCUUGGCUGCCAAUACUGAUUCCACCACAUCCACAAAACAAUUGAAAUCCUUGGAUACAAUCUUAGGUGCCACUAACGAUUCUUCCUCCACAGUCUCUGCUUUCAACCAAAUCUUGACUGCUUUGUCUGAAAACCCAUCUUCCUUAGAUUACGUCCCAUACUUGUUCCAAGUCUUGGAAAAUUCCACCGAUCCUGCCAAGACCAUGAACGCUUUGAACCUUUUCGCCACUUGGGCCAUGUCUAAUCUACUUCAAUUGGCUCCAGCUUUACCCUUAUUACAAAACGUCGUCAAAUACCCUCAAAUGACUACUGAUCAAUUAGCAAAACUAUAUCCAGAAAUGUUCGCCUAUUUCAACGUCCCAUCUGCAUUCAGUUUAUCUGUCUUUACCCUUUGUGAAUAUGAUUAUCAAGACAACAUUGAUAAAUGCAGUAAACCACAUGCUGUUCAAAAUAUGAAUUUCACCGAUAUCAUUUGGACUGCUCUAUUAGAAUCAAAAUUUGCUCCAUAUUUGACCGCUUUGGAUAUUACAAAUCAAAAACAAUUACAUUUAGAUGGUAAGAUGUUACAUAGACAACAUCAAUACGUCCCAGCCAUUAAAGCUUUCUUGGCUCUAUCUAUCUUAUCCAUCAUCUUUUCAUUCUUCUUCAUCCCAUUGUUGGCUUACAUUUUCCACAAAAACCCACCUUUAUCCAACAAAUUCUGGUUCUUUGUUGUUGCAUAUGCCAUCUUGACUGCAAUCUUUACCGGUAUUGCCACAGUUUUAACCACGUGUAUUAUUAAUAUUAUUAAAUCAGGUACCAAAGAUGAUAAUUAUGGUGUUGUUUUCACAUACUCAUCUGCAUUCAUGGGUCUAACUUGGACUUCCUUCUGUUUACCAAUCAUCGUAUGUCCAUUAUUAUUCUGGGUCUGGAUGGUCGACAGAAAGGCCAAGCCAUCCACUAUUAUUCCAGAAUACCCAGAAGAAUCUACUGCUACCGAAUCCAUCGAAGAAGUCCAAAAGGAAAAAUUCGACUCAAAGAUUAAAGUUGAUGGUAUUCAAGAUUCAGAAUCCAUCAAUUCAAGAGAAAGUGAUGCAAACGCUAACGAUACUCAUCGCAGCUAA